AAAGAGUACACAUAAGGACAUCCUCUCAUCUGGUGGAAUUCAUGGCAUUGCUGAUACAUCGGGGUUAGUCGCAUCUCCAGCGUUGGUGAAAGUCCACCGACUAUGUCUGCCAGCGUAGGCAUUGCGCGCCAACGAUCCGUAUCGAACAAAGCCAAAGGAGUGUCAAUACCGGCGCCUUCUCAGCCCAGACCUCAUGCCGAAGACACGGCUUUAGAACCAUGUGCUUCCACGGCGUCGCUCUUCUUGUACGCCCAAGGUUCUGCUGUCUUGUGUUUACACCAUGACACUCUGGCAGUUGAAAGACGCUUUGAAAAGCACUCCAAGGACAUACAACUGAUUGCUGCUGAUAAUGUCAGCGAAACUGGUGCUGGAAGACUGGUCGUCACCUAUGAUGUUGGUCGAACGGCAAUAGUCUGGGAUUUAUUCACCGGCGAACAGUACUCACGGUUCGUAUCAUAUGAAUCACUGAGGGUUGCUCAUUGGAUGAGGAAUGGCAAUAUCGCAUUCGGCAACGCGAAAGGCGAGGUGAUAUUAUUCGAGCCUGCGACGAGUGAUCAUAUUUCCGCGCGCACGAUUUUCGACCCAAUCACUGCAAUAGCUCCGUCGUCAGAUUGCAAGACAUAUGCUAUAGGCUACAACAAUGGCUCGAUCCUGUUGGCAGCCUUGCAGCCAUCCUUUAUGAUCAUCCACACUUUGACUACAUCAAGAGGACCGUCUCCUAUUGUGAAUCUCACAUGGCAUGCCUCUUCGUCCAAGCAGAAAUCGGACAUGCUAGCUACUCAGACAGCAGACGGAGACCUAAGGAUUUGGAGUGUCUCGAAACCGCCCACCGCCGAGCCUCCCCGAGUCAUCCGUGUCUUGAAGCGCUCGGAUGUCUACCUUCCCGGCCGAAACUGGAUCUCAUGGUCCAAGAAUGGCCGCAUUGUCCAGUACUCUGAAGGAAAGACAUGGGCUUGGGAUGUGCGAACGAAACACGUGACUUACGAACCUAUGCAAACAAUCGAAGGGGUUAGAGCCGUAGCUUGCCAUGGCCCAACUGGAACUCUUUUCACACUGGGUCCCGAUUAUACAGUGCAACAAUAUGAUGUGGAAGGAGGCGUUUUGGUGGCAAAUGUACGGCACAUCCCGACCACGAUCCCCCCGACUCCCCCAGAGGAUAAGAGAGGACCUUUGUGGACGACGUCCGAAAGCGAAGAAGAAGUGGCCUCUCCUCUAGGCCGCGCACGGCGAGAGCUGCGCGCUGUCGAAGCGACCAGGCACGAACGGCAUAAUAUUCCGAGCCCUCAGUCCACUGCGAGCUCGCACCAAUCCGGAAUCAAACCGAGUGCGAAGGACAUCAUCUCCCCUGCUGGUAGAACUGACUAUACCACAACUUCGUUCGACACCGGAUUCCAGCCCCAGUCCAUGUCCAGCCAGCAGGCAACCCAGGCAUACCAGCCACAAUCCCCUGUCACUAGUCGCAUGAACAAAAAGGGCUCCCGCUUAAGACAAGAAGUGAUCAUGAGUCCCGAAGAACGACCUGUGGUCGACCUGUUCCCGUUUACGAGAGCUAGACUGCAUGAUGUCCAACACCGACCACCAAUGGCACUGGAUGAGACUCUGUCCGCUGAUGGCCUGCGUCGCCACAUGCUCAGCGUUGUCUUCGGUUGGGAUGAGGACAUUUACGAUCUCAUCCGUGAUGAACUAAGUCGUCAUCCCAGCGAGAGUCAAAAUGCCAUUUUCCUCGCUAGGUGGCUGAAUGAGGAUCCAGACUAUCUCGCUGAGAUCAUGGGCCUGACACACAACGGGUCAAAACUCGACUGGAUGCUAUUAGCCCUGGGGACGAUAAGCAAUCAAGUCGGCGCAAAGAAGAUCACCCAGGUCUUCAUCGAAAAACUGCUCGGUAACGGCGACGUCCAUGCUGCGGCUACCUUGAUGUUUGCCCUAGGCGACAGAAGUGACGCUAUCGAGGUAUACGUUUCCAACAAUCACUACUUAGAGGCUGUUUUGUUGACAUGCCUUGCUUAUCCUGAUGACUGGCAACGUCAAUCUUAUCUCGUCCGAAAAUGGGGAGAGCACGUCGUGGAGAACUCUCAGCAGUCGCUUGCCAUACGAUGUUUCGCGUGCACCGGUGUCGAGCCGUCCGAUAUCUGGACCUCACCACAGGCACAGGUCCCCACACAGACCGUUCCUGAGGUUGUCCAGAUGCCUCAAAUGCCUCAAUUGCAGCAGCUCGAACCCAUGGAGUACCCAGCGAUAUUCCGGAAAACCCUCGAAAGGCGACGGACGCUUGAUGCUCCAACUCCAGUCGCCAUGCCGGCACCACAUAUCAUGGCGAGCAUGCCUGCACCGCCCACUCCCUUCAGAACCGCUGCUGCGCAAGGCACCAGGAUCACUCCGCAGACAUCAGCCUUGAAGCUGAUCACAUCGUUUGAGGCGCCAUCAAGCAAUCAUUUCAAAUUCCCGGGAUUGAAACCUGAUGACCGUACUCCAACCGUUGGUGCAGCAGUCACCCCGAUUGCCGAGUCAGCAGUUGAUAGAUCGGCUUUGUCACCAGGAGGCUUGGGAUCAUACCGCUUGAAUAACAUUCGCAGCAUCAACAGUGCCCUCUCUGCCAAAACGGCAACUCCGGGUGGCUUUCAGCCCAGCCGUUUACCUUCAAUCGGUGAAACGCCUGUAGAUGUGGAGGCUCCUCAAUUCCCAUCCACAAUGCCCCCACGAUCCGUAUCGGUGCCUAUGGAGCUAACGUCAAUCAAGGAGAGCCAGGCUGAGCGACUCGCAUCUACACAAGAUGCACAGCGGACUAGUAAACCAGGCCUUACUCUGCUUACCUCUGCGCGUUAUGAGCCAGUCGAAACUCCGGUCAAAGAAACGCCUCAGACCGCUCUAGGACCACAAAUGGCCAUUAAUUUCCCGGGACCGAAUUCCCAUCUUCAUAAUCGGCUGAAUGCGGACGUAGCAGGGGUCGAUUCUCCGCAUCCAAGGACUGAUUCGAAGAGCCGAAAGCCAGAGGGUUUGUCGAUUCAAACAAUAGCCGCACAGCAAUUGGAAAAUGGCCAGGCAUAUUUGGCUGGGACUGGCUAUAACGACCCCAUCAGCAGACCGGCAACUACUGGUACCUAUUCCAAUACACAAAUGGAUACCAGCGGGGACUUAACCAGCCCUCCAACUACUGGUCGAAGUUACCGGGACGCAAAAAGCCCAGUCGUUGCAGGGAAAAGCAUUGAUCAUUUCAUCAGUAGCCUUGAUCAAGCUCACUACUAUGAAACCCAUUCUCGCGCGCGGGGGUAUAGCAGUGCUAGUAAGCAAUCCAAAGACAGUCACUCGGAGAAGAAGCAGACUAGAGCCAACAAUUUCGGCGAUGGGAGCGAACGGGAUGUCCGACGUACUGUACCAGCUGGCAACCGUUCACCGUCUUCGCCUGUUCCAAUGUCGCCAGAGGACGUCCGGAUGUACAGCACCAGUGUGGAAAGUUUUGACUCCAUGUAUAGCUCGAACCUGUCUGGGUAUGACCGGGCCGGAACUCCUGGCAGUAUGUCUAAGCUCAGCCGUCGGGGUUCUCAAUCUACUACCAAAGGCACAAAACAGCGCCAUAGAUCUCGCUCGAAGACACAGGGGCACAAAAGCAGAACAGGAAGUCGCGUUCCAAGCAGGCAGCCUAGUCCGGACCAGGCACUCUUCUCCCCAAGAGGCCGAAGUUCGUCAAGAAAAGAAAAUCUAGGGCACCGUUCUCCGUCAUCACCGAGACCGAUGGUCCCUUCUGAGGAAGAUUUGCAAAGUCGCUUCGACAAGGGUUCCUCAAUGAGGCUCGUGUCUCGAGAUCGACACAGACUGCAUCGAAGCACAAGCCGUCAGCCAGAACUCGGAGAUACAAGCUCCAGGAGGGACCCUUCGCCUGAUCGUCGACGAGCGAGACCCAGAUCCCGUAGUCGUCAGGCUGAAGAACCGUCCUUGAGCAGGAAGACAAGUCGCAGUGAGAAACAUCGUCGUCAUCGACAGCAGAGCGACACAAAGUACGAUCGGUCUUGCCAGCCUGAUGAUCCUGAAGACUAUUUUUCAGGUCUGCCUCUUACCACCGAAGAUUCCAGACCCGCCAGUCAACCACAGUUCUUACAAAAUGUUGGCAGGAAAGAGUCUGCAGCUGAACAGCUAGCAGCUCGCAGACAGUCACUUACACGUCGACCUUCGGUGCCACAUAUUCCACUCCCGUCGCAGAUCGUUGGUCAUGCAAAAUCCGCCUCGACUAGUAAUGUGCUCCCACCCUUGAUGAGAGCUCAGACAGACGACGGACCUGUCAUGAAGGUCUUGUCCAACAAGCUUGAUCUGGAGACAUCCAUGCCGAACAACAGCGCCCUAAGAGGGCGUCCUGGCACCCCAAAGGCGAUGCAGGUCGCCGUUGAGACAAUACCAGAAGCAGAACCCGCAAGUCGUGUGGGUGGCGGAGAGCUGUUGUCAAGCAGCGUAUACCGUGCGCCGGCUCGAGAGGAUAUUAUCAGGCCGGGUUCAGCACCUGCUCCUGCGCCUCUGGAGUUCCUGUCCCAGAUUCCAAAACACCCUCUUUACGAUCAUCGUAUUGGCAAUAGCAGAUCAAGCAGUAAGGGAGCAGAGACAAGGUCGAGAAGUCGUGGGACGUCUCACGAGCGAUCGCGUGUAUCUCCUCGAGGGCCUCAGGCCGUCUCGGCGGUUCCAGCUGGACUGGUAGGCUAUACAAAUUCUCCACCUCAAGGGCAUCCUCCCAUACUACCGGAGCUGCAACACCUGGCGGCGAUUCCACCGCCUCCUCCGCCACCGCCAAAACCGGUCUUGUCGCUUGCAAGCACCAAUUUCUCAAGUCUUCGUGGCUUCGAAGCGGACGCUGCCAACGUUCCUCUGCCGAUGUCUGCGAUCCCGACGUCCUUCUCAGAAGCACCUAAUAGCGGUAUUCCGUUCUCGGCCGUAUCUUUACCUACAGGCCACCGACGCGAACGAUCUGGUUAUGAGAGCAGCAACGGCGGCAAUGGGUCGGGAUCGAACCAGAUAUUUGGGAAGAUUCGCAGUUUUGCGGGUCGUGUGCGGAGUCCAUCUCGCGGACGACGAAAUGAUGAUAAUCAGGCCAUGAGUCCGAGGAUGAACAAUGAUCAAAUCGCGCCGUAUGAGAGUAUCCCAUCCGCGAUGACGAGCAGUGCAGGUUGAGAGGGUACGAUGGAAAGGUGUGUAUUUGCAUUGUGCUGUGUCAGAGAGCAAGGAUGAAGUUGGACGGCUGCAGGCAUAACUACGAUUAUGAGCGUUAUGAAGUCAUUCAUUGGCCUUUUCAGUGUUGCGGAAUACGCACAGAGGUCCAAAAAGGGGUGGAAAAGGGAAGAUUGCUCUACUGCUCGCAAGAGCUAUUGGGAUGUAUCACUUCGAUUCUCUACCAUCCUUAGCAGAGCUUUCAUAGUCCUUUGCACGGCGAUGUAAUGGAUGAUGGAUUGUUGGCUGUGUAUCUGGGACCAUAAGGAAGACUAGCCGCGUAAUAUCUGCGUUUGAGCAGGAUGACCUCAACUCCGGAUUUUUACAUUAAAGGGGUUUCCCCGGACGGAAAAGCGCGCCUGUAUUGAUAACAUGCCGUUGGAUGUCCCCCUAAUGUUCGGGCGAUAAGAUAAGAGCACAAGGUGAGUAUGCCAGCUGUCCGAG